UGAUAAAAUUUGAAAUAUCAACUUUAUAUCUUCAAGCCCACAAUGCCGAUGCUCUGAAUACGGUUAAAUUGUGAGACAAAUAUUUGUACGGGUGAUUAAAAGUUCACUUAUUUGGAACCCUCUAAUGGUCUAAGACUCUUAAGUCUAAGACCAUCAUCCAUCCCAUUAAAAGUAUUACAAGUAGUACUAUAAAUCAAUUAUUUCUUGAUUCUAUUGAAAAGAAGAUAAUGGAAUUAGGUUAGGGUAGUUGAUAAGAAGAGAGUCUAGUGUAGGAUGGCUUAUUUGAUUAAACAUGCUAUCACUGUAUGACAUAUUGUUAAUAGAAAUCCACAAUUAAGCCUAAUGUAUGUCACCACUCACUCUAUUAAGCAUUUUGUCCCUAAACUAACCUAAUUAAUCUAUUGUAUAUGAGAUCAGACAAUAGCUUCAAAGGAAAAUUUUAAUUUCCUACCUUUAUGGGCCAACGGUGAAAUCAAUCUACGUAAUUGAUUGAAACUAAUGUAAUGAGCAAAACCCCCCAAUUGAUGUAUUUUAAUCAUCCUAAGUCACCACACUAUUUGCAAUACUAUAGGCAACUAAACUGACCAAAUUAAUCUGUUGUCUGUCUCCAUAAUUUUAUUACAACCAUUUUAUAGGAUAUGCUUUCCAACAGCUGCCUUCCAGCACAAAACAACUGGGUGACAUUAGCUAAACUGCUCACAACAAAUGGACACACUUCAUUGUGUUCUCAGCUCACUACCAAAAUUUUCUUGUUUCCUCCUACAAAUUACAAGCCCAACUGAUAGCUGUCCCAUACAACACAACUUAUAUCACUUCCAAUACUUUCAAAAACCUCAAUAGUUCAUUCCUAUUCAAACUACACAAUGCCCUCCUCUAAUUUCACCAACUUGUUCAUACUCACUGCAGCUCUUCUUAUCCUACACAAUCCAGCCGCUGCUGUGGAUGAUGGGAGCGGCUUCCUCGGAUACGAGAGGGAUGCCCUCUUGCACCUCAAGUCGGGGCUCAACAGCCCGUUUCUCGACAGAAAUUGGACAGGCAUCAUGUGCUACAUGGACAAUACCCCCUACUGGUAUGGCAUCCAAUGCCAUAAAGGUCGAGUCACCGGCCUAAUCUUGGACAGCAUUGGCCUAACUGGAGAUGUCAAGGUAGAUGCACUUUCCAAUCUCACCGAGCUACAAACGCUUAGCUUCAAGAACAACUCCUUCACUGGAAGAAUGAUGGAGUUCACACUAAAUCAGAAGCUAAGGAAUAUAGACCUAUCAAGAAACGGAUUCUAUGGUGAGAUCCCACCAUCUCUCUUAAACCUCGAUUCCCUCGAAUCCCUACAGAUUCAAGACAACAGAUUGACUGGUCUCAUCCCAGGAUUCAACCAGUCGGGAUUAACAAGAUUCAACGUCUCUAACAAUAGGCUUUCCGGUGAAAUCCCACAAACCAAAACUCUGCAAGCAGUUGGGCUUUCUUCCUAUCAAGGCAAUGCAAACUUGUGUGGCCCUCCAACUCCAACACUCUGCAGAGUUAAAUGGCAGAGUGUAUCUGAGGCAAGUAGUGAUCAAAGUUCGGGGGGACAAAGCCAUGGCCAUGGCCUUUUCGUGGCUGUUUUGGUGGUGGUUGAUGUGCUGUUGGUGGUGAUCAUCCUCUUGCUCUUGUUCACGUACUACAAGAAAUACAAUAAGCUGAGGAAGGAGAUGAAGGCGAAGGCUAUCCCGGUUAAAGACGAAGAGCGCAACAGCACGAUUAUGGAGAGAGCAACAGAGAGGAGGAUAUCGGUGGGGGAAGGGGGGGAUCUGGUGUUUGUGGAGAGUGAUCAUGGAACGACGACGUUUGAUCUGGAUGGUCUGUUUAGAGCAUCGGCAGAAGGGUUGGGGAAGGGCAAUUUCGGAAACUGCUACAAGGCUAUGAUGGAGGUCGGGCCGGCUGUGGUGGUGAAGCGUUUGAGGGAUCUGAAACCGUUAAACAAAGAUGAGUUUACGAGACAGAUCACAGCCAUAGCUGAUCAGAAACACCCUAAUUUGUUGCCUCUUUUGGCCUACUUCUACUCCAAGGAGGAGAAGCUCUUCGUUUACAAAUUUGCAGCUAAUGGAAAUCUGUUCAAUCGAAUCCACGGAGGAAGAGGAACAAGGGAGCGAAUCCCCUUCCGGUGGAGCUCGCGGCUGGCUGCGGCGCGCGGCGUGGCGCGAGCCCUAAAUUACCUACACGGAAACACCAGAUCUCACACCGCCGUCCCCCACGGCAACCUGAAAUCGACGAACGUCCUGAUCGACGAGAGCGACGAGAUCCUGGUGGCGGACUACGGCCUCACGUCGCUGAUCGCGCUCCGGAUCGCGGCGCAGCGGAUGGUGGCGUACAAAUGCCCCGAAUACCUAUCGCAGAAGAGCGUGUCGAAGAAGUCGGACGUGUGGAGCUACGGGUGCCUGGUGCUGGAGCUCCUGACGGGGAGAGUGCCAGCGCACUCGGCGGCUGAGGGGGUGGUCGGGGUGGACCUGUGCGGCUGGGUGCACCGUGCGGUGAGGGAGGAGUGGACGGGGGAGGUAUUCGACGAGGAGAUGGCGGUGCAGAGGGGGGCUAACAGGGGGAUGCUGAAGCUGAUGCAGAUCGCGCUGAAAUGCUGCGAUCGGUCGCCGGAGAAGAGGCCGGAGAUGGGGGAGGUGGCGGCGGAGGUGGAGGAGAUCAAGGCCGGCGGCGAAUCGGAGGAGGAUGAUUUCUCGUAUUCGUCGUACGAUCGAUCGGUGACGGUGACGGAUGAUUCAUUGUCUGCAACUACGUCGGUGUGAUUGGAGAUUGCAUGCAUUUCUUCAUCCCAAUUCACGUCUAUUAACGAAAUACAAAGACAGUUUUAGUUGAGAAAAAAUUAA